AUUCUGUUGCAUGCUUUUGUGUACCCAAGAAUUACUUCUUAUCUGCUCCAAUCCGAAACCGGCAAUCAAGUGAACUAAGACCUUUGUUUAGUGGUGUAAAUGAUAAGUUCGGGGUCUUGGGUUUUUUUUAAGAUAAAGCCACUAGUCUUAUAACUCGCACUAGCCAAUAGGAUGAAGAGAAAGAAAGCAAUUGCAAGCUAUUAGAUCUUGUUAUAGUGAAGCCACUAAUAUUUUGACCUGCAAUGUGCAAUAGGGUAGAGAUAAAAUGUUUUUUAUAUGGUUCAACUGCUACAUCUUGUUUGUAGUGAAAGCCACUAAUAUUUUGACCUGCACUGUGCACAGUAACAGCUGCAAGUGUCGUUUGUGUUGCUACAACAACAAACACCACGCAAAAGGGACUGAGCAUAGUGAACCGCUUUUAUUUCAUACGGAGCGCGCAAAGAACGCACACACACAUUUGCAGGGGCGAAGAGCGGAACCGAAAAACAGGCACACAAGUGUGUUAUUACUCAGUAAUUGUAAAAAUGUCAGAGCCGCAACAACAAAAGCUAAUGUAGAGCCAAAGCGAAUUCGAGAACGUGCCGUGCCAACACUCAUAAAAACUUCAAAGGAGUCACUCACACACACACUCGCCCUGUGACGCAUGAUCUUUUUGGCGAGAGAGCGGAGCAACAACAACAGCGCAAGAAGCUGUUGCGCAGUUAGCGAAAAACAAGAAGAGACAAAGGAGGAUAAGGAGGAGAAAGAGAAAGAGCGGAUAACUAAAAUUUAGUUAAAACUACUAAUGAAAUGGCAGCUAUUGCGGCAUUACCAACAACCACGUUGCGUCGCAACAACAACAACAAAGGGAUUAAAUCCCGUCGAAAUGAGCGUAAUAUCCUAACUUUCUACGAGAAGAUAGCCGUGAUCCGUUACUACGAGGAGACCAAUAUUUCGAGAAACAGUCUGGCCAAAAUGUUUCACUGCUGCGCCACACAAAUUCGCCGAAUCCUGGACAAGAAAAAGGAUCUGCUCCAACAAUUGGCCACCUUGAGCGAAGCCGAUGCCUCUAUUAUAAUUGAGGAGAUGACGCGCAAGCGCCGUAAGUUCGAGAUGAGUGCCAUUAGUUUCCUUCUACACGAAUGGGUAGAAAGAUGCACCCAACUCCACUUGAACAUAAGCAUUCGGAAUCAAAAACUCAAGGAAACAGCUAUCAGAAUGGCCGCAGUUUUAAACCUGCCAUCCUUUAGACCCUCCUAUCGGUGGCUAAACCGAUUCCGUGGAAAGUACAAGUACGAGGCCGAUGAAUUGGGCUACCAGGGAGAGAACCCCUUAAACCAGGAUCUGCCUGUCGAGGACAUCAUUGUGGAGUUCAAGCAUGCCCUGCCCAAUUUUAUGCAACGCGAGUUGGCUGAACCCGCUGAGGGUGUGUCUAAAGGACCUGUUGUACCAGAUUUCGUUAAUCUCUCUAGUGAGAACAGCCUGAUGUCAGAUCACCUCGAGGAGGAUGAUGGAGUGGAGAUGGUCACCUGUGAGCCCACCAUGAUGGCCUCACCAGGCAGCACGCCAGAUGAGGAGGAGGAGGAGGAAGCAGUCUCUCCCCCGGAAGGCCAGGAAAACACAGAGGAUCAAAUGAACGCCGGCACCAGCACCCUGCUGAAUGGCGUUUUCCCCCACCUGGCCAUCAUCCACCAGUUCGCUCUGAUGAACUCUGAUGUCCAGGCAUUGGAACUCAUCUCCCAGCUGGGCGUGCAUAUGCAGCAGCAGGCUGUUUCUGGAGCUUAUCGCGCACUGUCGCUGGCGACGACGAAUGCAGGUGGCGAUCCACAAACGGAUUCGGGAACUAACUUCCUGCCAGAACUGCCACCGGGCACCAUUUACGCAGAUAUCGAUGACAUCGAGUUGAUCGAGUAGGAACGCCAAAUGGAAACCAAUUCUUAGCUAGCCUAAGCUUCAAUGCCAUAAUUUAGUCGUCUAGUAUUUAUGAUCUAUACACUUAAAAGUGAUUUGAUUUAUUUCAUUACGAAAGUACUUAGUAAUACUGAAGAUUUUAGUUGAGUUUUUAAGAGAGCUUACGUUUCAACUAGUUUUAAAUAAACAAGCACUGCUUAUGAUAUA